GUCUGCCUUACUCAAUGAACCAAGCGGGCUUUCCGUUUGGGAUGCUGCUUCUGAUUGUAAUUGCUCUUAUUACCGAUUACUCUAUCAUAUUGCUGAUUAAAGGAGGAACUCUCUCAGGUUCCAGGAGCUAUCAGGCAUUAGUGCACAACACGUUUGGAUUUGUGGGCUAUUUAAUUCUCUCUGCUCUGCAGUUUUUAUAUCCUUUCAUUGCUAUGAUCAGCUACAACAUCAUAACCGGCGAUACCCUCACCAAAGUGUUUCAGAGAAUACCUGGAGUGGGCCCAGACCACUUUCUCGCGGAUCGCCGCUUUGUCAUCCUUAUCUCCACGGUUGUGUUCACUCUCCCUUUGUCUCUCUAUCGGGACAUAUCCAAGCUGGGAAAGGUGUCCCUUCUCUCCAUGGUGUUGACCCUGGCCAUCCUCAUCACCGUUAUGAUCAGAGCUGCUACACUUGGACCCCAGAUACCCCCCACAGAGAAUGCAUGGUCGUUCGCCCACUGGAAUGUGAUCCAGGCUGUCGGUGUCAUGUCUUUUGCCUUUAUUUGCCACCAUAACAGCUUCAUGAUCUACGGGUCCAUGAAGGAGCCCACCCUCCAGAACUGGUCCCGCGUCACUCACGUGUCGGUCGGCUUUGCUGCGGUGCUCAGCCUGCUGUUUGCUGCGGCGGGCUAUGCCACCUUCACCGGGUACACACAAGGUGACAUUUUUGAAAACUACUGCAAGAACGAUGACCUGGCUACAUUUGGUCGCUUCUGCUAUGGAGUCAGCAUAAUUACCACCUUUCCUCUGGAGUGCUUUGUGACACGAGAGGUGGUGUCCAACGUCAUCUUCAGCGGAAUUCUCAGCACCACGGCCCACGUGGCGGUGACGGUGGUGAUAAUGGCCGUGGCCACGGCGAUAUCCUUAGCCUACGACUGCCUGGGCAUUGUGCUGGAGUUAAACGGAGCCCUGAGUGCAGUGCCCCUCAUCUUUAUAAUCCCGUCGGCCUGCUACCUCAAGCUGUCGGCUAGCCGCUGGUUCCAGGGGGAGAACCUGGUCUCCUGUGUCAUCCUGCUGGCUGGCGUCUUCGUCAUGUUCAUCGGGGUGACCAUGACCAUCCUGUACCCCCAGGACUGCUCUCACGGGGCGGAGCUCUUCUACUGCUCCCCCUCCAACCUGUCCGUCAUCCACACAACCCCGUCCAGCGGCCUGCUUCCUACCCAGAACGUGUCGCAGAACGCCUCCCAGUCCACCUGA